UCUGUCCACUGCUGCAUUCUAGGCAGGAAUCGAGCGGUGAGACUGAGGCAGAUACAUUGAAUUUGCUCUCUGUUGUUGUAAUAAAUGCCUGAAAAAAAUCGACAUGUUGGCUUCUAAGCAUUGGUUAUGUAUACAUGUUAUUCUGCUGUGUCUCGGUCAAGCCACUCUAGCGGCACCUAAAAAGGUUUUUAGAUGCCCUUCGGGAUGCUCAUGCUCCAAGGAGACCAUUAUUUGCGUUGGGACCUCAAGUAUACCACGGACUAUACCAAAUGACAUCAACUCAUUGAGUAUAGUAAAUGGAUCUCUUGCAGAAAUCCCAGAGGCUAUGUUCUCCCUCAUGCCCUCUCUGCAAUUGCUACUUCUCAAUUCAAAUUCAUUGACAACCAUCAAAGAUGAUGCGUUCUAUGGCCUUCCUCAUCUUGAAUAUUUAUUCAUAGAAGGCAACAAGAUUGAGACCAUCUCCAAAAAUGCCCUCCGAGGUCUCAGAGAUGUGACUCAUUUGUCGCUGGCUAACAACAACAUGAAGGGUUUGCCAAGGGAUCUCUUCCAUGAUCUAGACUCCCUCUUAGAGCUGGAUUUGCGAGGCAACAUCUUUCAGUGUGACUGCGAAAACAAGUGGCUGAUGAUGUGGCUGAAAAAUACCAACGCAUCUGUAUCGGAUGUCCGUUGUGCAGGCCCCAUUGAAAUGAAGGGUAAACGUCUGAAUGAUCUUCCAAUCCUGCCUGGCGACUGCAUCUCCACAGACUUUGUUCGUCAUCAGUCCAUUCCAACCCAAGCUUUGUCUGCUGACAUUUUCUCCCAUAAGGAUGACAUUUAUGUGGCUCUGGCUGACCCCAAUUACAACAGUUGUGUGAUCAUGGAAUGGGAUCACAUCGAAUUGAAUUUUAGACCUUUUGAUAAUAUCACAGGGAAGUCAGUUGUUGGAUGCAAGUCUGUACUGAUCGACAACCACGUCUUGGUGAUUGUGACUCAGCUUUUUGGUGGCUCCCACAUCUACAAGUUUGACGAUCAACAAAACAAGUUCACCAAAUUCCAAACCAUCGAGGUCUUUAACAUCUCCAAGCCCAACGACAUUGAGGCAUUCCAAAUAACCGGCGACUGGUAUUUCAUCAUUGUUGACAGCUCCAAGGCUGGCCUUUCUACUCUUUACAAGUGGAAUGCCCAACCGAAUGUGAACGAGACUGGUUUCUAUUUGUACCAGUUUCUCCAUGAGUGGUUCAGAGAUACGGAUGCAGAAUUUAUUGAGGCAGACGGGAAGUCUCAUCUCAUCUUGGCUAGUCGCUCUCAGGCUCCUGUCAUCUACCUUUGGAACAAAAGCAGCCAGAAGUUCCAGCUCCAUGGCGAAAUCCCAAACGUUGAUGACGUUGUGGCAGUCAAAGCCUUCCGGGUGGAUGAAGAGCUCUACCUGGCCAUGACGUGCUACAUUGGCGACUCCAAAGUCCUCAAGUGGACUAGCAAGCAGUUUAUUGAGGUGCAGGCCCUGCCUUCUCGUGGAGCCAUGGUCCUCCAGCCAUUUUCAUUUCAGGAUAGGCACUACUUGGCCCUGGGCAGUGAUUACUCCUUCACACAGAUCUAUCUGUGGGACGUGGAGAUCAAAAUGUUUUCAAAGUUCAAGGAUAUCUAUGUGCAGUCCCCACGCUCAUUUAAUCUGGUAACCACUGACCGGCAUAAUUUUUUAUUUUCCUCCAGUUUCAAAGGGAAAUCAGUGGUAUUUGAACAUGUUAUUGUUGACUUAAGCCUAUGAAAUAAGAAUAAUUUACUUGUUGCAAAUAUUUGUUUCAGACAAUUUUUGCCAUGAGAUAUAUUGUUUAAUGAAAAACUAAGCGUUUUAAAUUUCUUCAUAAUUUGCAAUAACUUAUGAAUGACCUAGAUGUAGAUAUCUCAAAUCAUUAGUCACUGCAAAACUAUGCAUUUUUCUUUAUAUUUGUUUACAUUUUAUGAUUGAAUGUAAUGAUUGAUAAGUAAUAGCUUGUCCUAUUUUUAUAUUACGUUUCAAACCAAAGUAAUCAUAUUAGAACACAUACACAAAUGUGAAAUAUCCUGCAUGGUGAACAAUGGCUGCCAUGGUCUCAUACAAUGACUUCAGGGAUAGCUGUUAAACAUGAA